AUGGCUGCUAACUCCAGACCAAUUUCAGCUUCUAUGCUGUUUCCGCUGACGCGACCGGGCUCGCCGGCCGAUCGUUCAGUAUGUCCCAUUACACUGGAGCCGAUUCGCGAUCCUGUCACGGUCGAAGAUGGUCAUACAUACGAACGCGAGGCAAUUGUAAAAUGGGUUUUACAGUCAAAUGGAACAAGCCCCAUGACCCGACAACCGCUCGAUGUUAGGCGACUGCUAUCUAACUCGACUAUCCAAUAUUUAGGAGCUGCUUCGCUGCCUUCUGUGAGAUCAAAUCGUGUUGCACCCCUUUAUCCAACAAAUUCAAGUGAUGAGCCUACUACACUAAUGCAUAGACGAAAAUGGUACAAGAGCAGUUGUUGUCGAUGUGUAUGUUGCAUAACGUGUAUCGUAGCUGUCGUCAUGAUAAUUGUUCUUGCAGUUGUACUCACACGACAGGACUUUUCAGUUCAAGACCAAUGUUCGAUCGUAAAUGAGACAACUCUACUCUAUCUCACGACAGAUUAUUCCACUAAAUUUGCCUAUUAUUGUUUCAUCUAUCAGGCAGCCAAAAACUUCUCAACCUUAUCGUUUGAAUUUCGUAAUGAUCCAUCAUAUUGGUAUUUAGACGAUGUGUCAGUGAAAGAUGCGAGUGAACUAAUAGUGAACGGAGGAUUUGAAUUGGGUGCAUUGACUGGAUGGACGCUAACACGUUCAGGCAAUUCGGUUCUUUCCGGCAGGAUUUCAUCACUUUAUGCGCAUACGGGCAUUUAUUCUUUCCGUGAUGGUGUUACCGGUGCUUCUGAACGUCUUAGUCAAACAUUUUCAACUCGUACAAAUGUGAGUUAUAUAAUUGGUUUUUGGCUACAGUGUCCGUGGGGCACUCAAAACCUAUAUGCUAAUAUCACAAUCACAUAA